AUUUAAACUACAUUUAAAUUGGACAACGCGUACGCCGCGGUUGGGUUUGCCCUUUGACCGACACUACAUCGAGUGCCUCUCGAGAGCAUUAAUGCGUGCGCCAACCCCCCAAUUGUCUCUCACAUCUUCCGUACCUCCGAGCAGGAAACAUGCGUUCAAGAAAAGAAAAUUGAGCCAUACUAUUCAAUCGUCCACGCGCUGCGACACAGGUUCAUGUCCCUCGAAGGCAGACCAACUUACAACACCAAACGCACAUAAGGCCUCGACUUUGUCAUGCUCUUCAUGCCACCGUGUGUUAUCCGCAUCAAUGAGGUCUGGUGCAGGUGCAAGUACAGGCCUAACUUGUGCAAGGUGUGGAUCAGCUGUAUGUGCUGUUUGUUCUCGCACAUGCUCCUCGAUGUUACGACAAUCCUCAUUCCCGCCAACACCGGCAUUAACACGCUGUCCCUCUCUGUCGGGGUCACCGUCACCGUCACCUUCCGGAUCUCCCAAACGAGCGGCAUUAAGUCUAAACAUCUCCACCAUGAACUGUAGUAUACACCUCUCUCCAUCUUCUGGCAAACGAAAGAAACCUUCAGAAAAGGAUGACGUUGAUGUUGACUAUCCUUCGAAAUCUCGAGGUACGCUUUUCGGGCUAGACGACGGAGCUCUCCUUGUUCCUGGAUGUGGUCGACCCAUUUGCAGAACGUGCUGCGUGGAGAGUGUUCAGAACGAUGGGACUCUUUGUGUAGAUUGUUACGCCGUUGUUGGAAACGUGCUCUAGAAUGAGGAACAAUCCAAUCAUGAGGAGCCACUCAUGCUCUCUUGAAGACCCUUCAAGCUUACCGACAUCAUCUGCAUUGUCAAUGCUUUGU